GAGUUGUGGCCUCGCCUCCUACCUCUUCGCAAGGUUCGAGACCUGGUCGAAAAGCCAGCGAGGAGGGCGAGACCGAUCCGACUGGCAGCUUGCCUGUGGAGACGCUGACGGCCAAGGAUGAAGAGGAUGAGGCUGAAAAAGAGGAGAUGAUGGUGCAGAAGAUAAAGUCGGAUCCCCGCUUCAAGCUCCCUCCUCUGAAGUCGAUCCUAAAGAAGCCACCCGUCGAAGAAGAGGAAGAGGGCACCAAAACGAAGUUGGGCCUUCGGGCGGCCGCGAUGGCUGCCAGCACCUUCGCGCGGCGUAGAGCAAAUGUGGGUCUCAUGGAUUUCCCGGGGCUCAUCGAACCUCUCAAAGCCGCGGCUGCCAAGAAGGUCAUCAUCGUUGACAGUCAGGAAGAGAUGCGGGAGAGGCGCCGAUCGCAGAAGGAAGAGGAGUGGAAGGAAAGACAGCAGCACCUCCAGUCCAAGCGGAGGUUGAAGAUGCUUGUGGAGAUCAUCUUCAUGCCCAUCGCACUGGUCCACUGGAUCUGUCGAUGUUACCUCGCUUCGCCACGUGCCAGGCAAGUGUGGCUGGUUACCACAUUGGCGGUGUGCCUCUUUGAGCUGUGGUCUUCGGCGAUGUUCAUUGCCUUCGUCCUGGACUCCACCAAGGCCGAAUUCUUGUAUACGCUGCUGAGCAUCGACCACUACUCCAACGUCCUCUUCAUCAUCGACGCCAUUCUGCGGGCCUUGGAUAAGAUCCGAGGGCCUAUGGACAAUGGCCCCGACGACAUCGCUCCGACCGACGAUGACCCAAGAAAGGGAAUGGCACAGGCACAGCUCUAG